AUGACGAGCACGGGCGCGCCGUCAGAACGCCCCCAAGAUGAAUCCGUGCCCAAGCACAGCACGUCUGCCCACGAGAAGAGGAUGGCACAUGAGCAGCUGGCUGUAUGCUGUCUGGGACAGGUUGAAGGAAAAGCGGUGCUAAUAACGGGCUGCGACAAGGGGUUUGGACAUGCCUUGGCAAAGCAGCUUCAUGCAAAGGGAUUCACAGUUUUUGCUGGAUGUUUGCAGACGGGCGAGAAUGGCGCCAGAGAGCUGGAAAGCAUGCAGUCGGAUCGCAUGAAGGUGCUGCAGCUCAACGUGUGCAGUGACCAGGAGGUGGCUCAAGCUGUCGAGUUUGUGAAGAAGAAACUGAAGGAGCCUGAGAAAGGCCUCUGGGGCGUGGUGAACAAUGCGGGCGUGACGACCUUCGGGGACGUGGAGUUCACCCGUCUCGACAAGUACAGAGAGGUAGCGGACAUCAACCUCUGGGGCACGGUCAGGGUGACCCAGGCUUUCCUGCCGCUUGUCCGCAGAGCCCGAGGCCGUGUGGUGAAUGUGUCGAGCAUGUACGGGCGGAUCGUUAGCCCGUCUCGCUCCUGCUACUGCGUUUCCAAGUUUGGGGUGUCCGCCUUCUCCGACUGCCUCCGGCAAGAGAUGUACCGCUGGGGAGUCCGAGUUAUCCUCAUCGAGCCCGGGAACUUCAUGGCUGCUACCGGCAUCCUGACCCGGGACGGCGUGGACGCCCGAGGAGAGGAGCUGUGGCGUGGGGCCAGCAAGACCGUUCAGGAGGACUACGGGAAGGCCUACAUCACUCACCAGAUAACCCAGAUGAAGUCCUUUGUGGGCAGUGGCCUGAAGGACAUGUCUCUUGUCCUAAAUGACAUCACAGAUGCUCUCGUUUCGAAGCGCCCUUACAACCGUUACAAUCCCAUGUCGGCCUAUUGGUGGGUAAAGCUACACAUCAUGGCGCACCUUCCCACUGCCGUUGCUGACUGGCUCUACAUCCGCUGACCCACGCUCGCAGCAGGCCUGAAAGCAUCUCCCCGUUGUGUUUAUUCAGAUCCCAGAGCUGAGCAGUGACAGCUGGAGACAGGCCCCCGAGCCCAGGGUCCAGCCCCUUGCCUCUGCCAGAGCCUGAGCCGUGCCCGUGUGGCGGGAGCCUGAUACCAGCCUGGCUCCGGGUCCUCCCCGCUCCUUGCUCCGUCUUGCUCCCUGCUGCCCUGAGCAGUGUUCAAAGGUAUUUUCCUUUUGGCUGUGGAGGAGAUAGGGGAAGGCUGACACAGUGAGCCAAACCUCUCCCUGGUGUAAUUAGGUUGUGAUGCUCUGCCAGGGAUGAAUUUGGCUCCUAAUGGGAUCUUGUCUUCCCUUUCCCGGGAGAGCUGGUGGCAGCAGAGCAGUGCUGUUGCCAGGAGACAUUCAAAGAGAGCAGCUAAAACGGGAAACAAAGGCAGCGUUUUUGAGAGACCAGAACUGGGUCAGUGCCGGGUUCCUGGCCUUCCCGCGCGCUCGCGGCUCUGCAGCCACCCGCUCUCCUGGUGGACGCAGCAGCACUAACCGACCCAGGGCCAAGCCCGGAGGAGGCGGCUGCCCGGCAGGCGCGGACCGAGCGCACGGCAGCUCUGCUUUCCUUCCAGAGGGACCCGCUGACGUCUUUUCCCUGCCUUGCCCUUAGCAGCUGUGCGACCUUGCAGCCCAUCUCCUGCAGCCCGAAUGGUGCCCUUUACCAGGCAGACUUGAACAAGUUGAAGGCAAGCAGCGGCUUGGCUCCAGUGCCCGCUACAGCAGCGCUGGCACACCACGCUGGCGCUGUGCUCGGGCACAGGUGCAGUCCAGCCUGUUCCCUGCCCUUGACCUCCAGGGACGGCAGUCAUCCAGCUGGGAAUCCUCCCCCAAAACCACUGCCCAGGGCACGGGCAGGGAGCUCGUCAUAUCCGGGCUCUUGAGAUGUGGUGCACAGCUCAUUCGAUGGCCCUGGCAGGGAUCCCCCCGGGAGGCUGUGCUGGGCCAGGCUGCUGUGCAGCAUUUGGGUGCUCCCAGGGGGUUCAGAGGCCAUCCAUACAGCCCGGCCCAGCUGGGUGGAGCCGCCUUAGGGCUCACUGAAUGGGCUGGGCUGCUGUGCUGAGACGGUGAAGGGGCUGGUGUUCAGGAGUCAAGGCAGGGAGAUCACACGGCACGAAAGCUGCCUUAAAUUUGUGCAUUGCUGCUCUGGAGAUUAGGUUGGCUAGGGAUGCCUCAGGGCCUGCUCUUGCUGGGGGCCAAACGACAUGAAGGGCCUCUGUGCUGGUCCCUUGGAUUCACAAGGGUCCUGGACAGAGGCCAGGGGCCUCUUGCUGUUACUGCUUGAUCCGGGCCUCCGGUGAGCAUUGCUGGCCACACUCGCCAAGGCCCUGCUGCUGUCACGGACCGAGCCCAGACUGGCAGAGGCGAUGUGCUGGUGGGUCUCAGUCCAGGCCCUGAUCAAACGGUGUCCCAACACAAAUAGCCUUGCAUUCCUGGCAUGAACGGGCCCUCUUGUUGGACAGUGAGCCACAUUCGUCCUUCCUGAGCUAGCCUCUCGGCUGGGCUUACCCACCUGUCUGUCAUGAGGACCAUUGCUGCGUAACACUGCCCGUGCUUGCAGGGUCUGAAUACAAAGCUCUGGGUGGAUGCUUUCAGUGACGCUCUUUGUUUCUUCUAGUAUUAAUAUUUCACAAUGAAAUUACAAAAUAAUAUAACACCCUCCCCUCAGAAACCUUCCUAACAAUGCUGCGCAGUUGAUGGGAGUACACGAUGUGUACUUGGGCCUCCCGUCCAAAUCGGGCCGGUUUACUUUUUAACUAGUAAUGGACUUCUCAGUAUCUCACCGCAGGUGCCUUUUCCAAGGAGAGCUGCCAAGAAGACGGCGGGGAGGGUCCUGGCACUGCUGGUCAGGCUGGGUUGAUAGUCCGCUGGCAGCGCAGGUAGGCACGUCUCCCCUUCUGGGCUAAACUUCGUUCCACACCAGGCCAAGGUGAGAUAACAGUUAACUGCAAGCUGGUCUGCCCCUCGCUCCUUCCCGUGCCCUCCUGUGCCAGGAGCAGCUGGGAAACUCGGGCAGUAUUCUGUACGCCUCGGCUCUACCUGCGGGUGGGCUCUGGAUGGAGCUGGCCUGCUGUCUGAUGUCGGGUAAUGCUUUCAGCAGAAAAGCAGUCUUCACACGGAGAUUACAUGAUGAUGGCGUGUGUCAUAGGAGGCCAGGAAAUGCUGGGCUGUGCAGCCGUUUUCCCGCUGCACGGCACAAGCGCGGGAUGCCUGCUGUUGUGACAGACGAGCGUCCUUGUACUACCCAGCAGCACCCCUGGGCCACCCUGUGACCGUCCUGAGGAUGAUUCGUGUCACCUGCACGUGGAAAGUCUGGGAAUGCGAAGCACCUCCUGAUUGACACAGACACACGAGCAAAUAAACACUGAGAUUUGCAGAGAGCCUGUCUGUGGUCCCAGUGCUUGCCUUUCGAA